CGUGGUUCAUUUCUCUCGCCUUCUCUUUUCUAUAUCCUAUUUACUUUCCACCAGUUCCAGUUCCAGUUCCUCCAAUACGAUACCCAUUCUCUAAAUCCCCUCCUUGUCCUCUUAUUCUUUUAAUUCUGAUACCAUCAUGGAGGAUGCUGCUGCUACUACUGCUACUCCUAAUGUGUUAGGAGCUAAAGAUGGAACUAUUGCUGUUGCUUCAGCAUUCCCUGGUCAUCAAGAAGCUGUACAGGAUAGAGACCACAAAUUCCUAACAAAAGCAGUCGAAGAAGCAUAUAAAGGGGUCGAAUGUGGCGAUGGUGGCCCAUUUGGUGCAGUUGUUGUUCGAAAUGAUGAAGUAGUUGUGAGCUGUCAUAACAUGGUUUUAAGAAACACUGAUCCCACUGCUCAUGCUGAGGUUACUGCCAUAAGAGAGGCUUGUCAAAAGCUGAAUAAAAUUGACCUUGCUGACUGUGAAAUCUAUGCUUCUUGUGAGCCUUGUCCAAUGUGCUUUGGUGCAAUUCAUCUUUCAAGAGUUAAGAGAUUGGUUUAUGGUGCUGAAGCAGAAGCUGCAAUAGCAAUUGGAUUUGAUGAUUUUAUUGCCGAUGCACUAAGGGGCACUGGUUUUUAUCAAAAGGCCCACUUGGAGAUUAAAAAGGCCGAUGGUACUGGUGCUGUAAUUGCAGAACAAGUAUUUGAGAAGACAAAGGCCAAGUUUCCUCUGUACUGAUUGCUCGAAUAGUCUUUUUAAAAGUGAAUGCAAGUUAUAAAUGUUCAUGAAAAUUCAGUUUCUUAUUAUAAAUGUAUUCGUGAAUUCAAGAAAAAUAAAAUUUAUGUGCUCUUAUGCUGCUGUUCGUUGCAAAUGAUUAUUGAUACAUCAAAUUUAUGAAUAUUCUGAUUGAUUGUUUGGGAGUUGCACAGGAGGGAAAGCUAGUUCAAGCCAGAGGAGGAGGCAGCUGAGCUGAUACUCACUGCAAUGAAUCUACAAAUGACAAGCCCAUCGUGCAAAACAGCAAAAGAAUCCAAGUUUCUCAUUCAUAUAUAAUUAGAUUUCAUGUCUGCAGUGCUAGAGCUAUUCUACUCUUUCAUGCUACAGAUCAUUGCAAUAUAUGUAUGGAAGAAACCACCAUCUAUUUCUGCACAUCUGGGUAGGUUUUUGAGUAGAAUAAAAAACCUCAAUCAUCCUCAGCUA